AUGCAACUGUUCGUAAUCUGCCUGCUGGCGGCCACCACGGCCGCAUUCACGAUGUUCGGCCCGCACAUCCGCAUCGUUCCGGGCCAAAAGCCCAACGAGAUAGUCCUCCACUUUCGCAAUCCGUGCAACAAUAAGACCAGCACCACGACACUUAAGCCGCCACCACCCCCGUGUCCCGACCAUCCCACCACCCCGGCCUGUGAGCACCGCAUAACCAGUCCGGCUCCCACGAAGCCCCCCUGCCCACAUGCCACCACCACUCCGCACAAUUGUGGGGGCGAGACCACCGCCUCCAGUAGGGCCACCACUCCAAAGCCAACACUGCAAACAACGAUAGGAACAACAUUCGGGACAACUUGGAAUACAACAGAGAAGACUACGGUCAAGCCAACAACUCUGAAGCCCACUGAGGGAACAACGGUCAAGCCAACAACUCUGAAGCCGACUGAGGGAACAACGGCCAAGCCGACGACUCUGAAGCCCACUGAGGGAACAACGGAGAAGACUACGGCCAAACCAACAACUCUGAAGCCCACUGAGGGAACAACGGCCAAGCCAACAACUCUGAAGCCCACUGAGGGAACAACAGAGAAGACUACGGUCAAGCCAACAACUCUGAAGCCCACUGAGGGAACAACGGCCAAGCCAACGACUCUGAAGCCCACUGAGGGAACAACGGAGAAGACUACGGCCAAACCAACAACUCUGAAGCCCACUGAGGGAACGACGGCCAAGCCAACAACUCUGAAGCCCACUGAGGGAACAACGGCCAAGCCAACAACUCUGAAGCCCACUGAGGGAACAACGGCCAAGCCAACAACUCUGAAGCCCACUGAGGGAACAACGGAGAAGACUACGGUCAAGCCAACAACUCUGAAGCCGACUGAGGGAACAACGGCCAAGCCGACAACUCUGAAGCCCACUGAGGGAACAACGGCCAAGCCAACAACUCUGAAGCCCACUGAGGGAACAACGGAGAAGACUACGGCCAAACCAACAACUCUGAAGCCCACUGAGGGAACAACGGCCAAGCCAACAACUCUGAAGCCCACUGAGGGAACAACGGAGAAGACUACGGCCAAACCAACAACUCUAAAGCCCACUGAGGGAACAACGGCCAAGCCAACAACUCUGAAGCCCACUGAGGGAACAACGGCCAAGCCAACAACUCUGAAGCCCACUGAGGGAACAACGGAGAAGACUACGGCCAAACCAACAACUCUGAAGCCCACUGAGGGAACAACGGCCAAGCCAACAACUCUGAAGCCCACUGAGGGAACAACGGCCAAGCCAACAACUCUGAAGCCCACUGAGGGAACAACGGCCAAGCCAACGACUCUGAAGCCCACUGAGGGAACAACGGAGAAGACUACGGCCAAACCAACAACUCUGAAGCCCACUGAGGGAACAACGGCCAAGCCAACAACUCUGAAGCCCACUGAGGGAACAACGGCCAAGCCAACAACUCUGAAGCCCACUGAGGGAACAACGGCCAAGCCAACAACUCUGAAGCCCACUGAGGGAACAACGGAGAAGACUACAGCCAAACCAACAACUCUGAAGCCCACUGAGGGAACAACGGCCAAGCCAACAACUCUGAAGCCCACUGAGGGAACAACGGAGAAGACUACGGCCAAACCAACAACUCUGAAGCCCACUGAGGGAACAACGGCCAAGCCAACAACUCUGAAGCCCACUGAGGGAACAACGGCCAAGCCAACAACUCUGAAGCCCACUGAGGGAACAACGGCCAAGCCAACGACUCUGAAGCCCACUGAGGGAACAACGGAGAAGACUACGGCCAAACCAACAACUCUGAAGCCCACUGAGGGAACGACGGCCAAGCCAACAACUCUGAAGCCCACUGAGGGAACAACGGCCAAGCCAACUACUCUGAAGCCCACUGAGGGAACAACGGCCAAGCCAACAACUCUGAAGCCCACUGAGGGAACAACGGAGAAGACUACGGCCAAACCAACAACUCUGAAGCCCACUGAGGGAACAACGGCCAAGCCAACAACUCUGAAGCCCACUGAGGGAACAACGGCCAAGCCAACAACUCUGAAGCCCACUGAGGGAACAACGGAGAAGACUACGGCCAAACCAACAACUCUGAAGCCCACUGAGGGAACAACGGCCAAGCCAACAACUCUGAAGCCCACUGAGGGAACAACGGCCAAGCCAACGACUCUGAAGCCCACUGAGGGAACAACGGAGAAGACUACGGCCAAACCAACAACUCUGAAGCCCACUGAGGGAACAACGGCCAAGCCAACAACUCUGAAGCCCACUGAGGGAACAACGGAGAAGACUACGGCCAAACCAACAACUCUGAAGCCCACUGAGGGAACAACGGCCAAGCCAACAACUCUGAAGCCCACUGAGGGAACAACGGAGAAGACUACGGCCAAACCAACAACUCUGAAGCCCACUGAGGGAACAACGGAGAAGACUACGGCCAAACCAACAACUCUGAAGCCCACUGAGGGAACAACGGCCAAGCCAACAACUCUGAAGCCCACUGAGGGAACAACGGCCAAGCCAACAACUCUGAAGCCCACUGAGGGAACAACGGAGAAGACUACGGCCAAACCAACAACUCUGAAGCCCACUGAGGGAACAACGGCCAAGCCAACAACUCUGAAGCCCACUGAGGGAACAACGGCCAAGCCAACGACUCUGAAGCCCACUGAGGGAACAACGGAGAAGACUACGGCCAAACCAACAACUCUGAAGCCCACUGAGGGAACGACGGCCAAGCCAACAACUCUGAAGCCCACUGAGGGAACAACGGCCAAGCCAACAACUCUGAAGCCCACUGAGGGAACAACGGCCAAGCCAACAACUCUGAAGCCCACUGAGGGAACAACGGAGAAGACUACGGCCAAACCAACAACUCUGAAGCCCACUGAGGGAACAACGGCCAAGCCAACGACUCUGAAGCCCACUGAGGGAACAACGGAGAAGACUACGGCCAAACCAACAACUCUGAAGCCCACUGAGGGAACAACGGCCAAGCCAACAACUCUGAAGCCCACUGAGGGAACAACGGAGAAGACUACGGCCAAACCAACAACUCUGAAGCCCACUGAGGGAACAACGGCCAAGCCAACAACUCUGAAGCCCACUGAGGGAACAACGGCCAAGCCAACAACUCUGAAGCCCACUGAGGGAACAACGGAGAAGACUACGGCCAAACCAACAACUCUGAAGCCCACUGAGGGAACAACGGCCAAGCCAACGACUUUGAAGCCCACUGAGGGAACAACGGAGAAGACUACGGCCAAACCAACAACUCUGAAGCCCACUGAGGGAACAACGGCCAAGCCAACAACUCUGAAGCCCACUGAGGGAACAACGGAGAAGACUACGGCCAAACCAACAACUCUGAAGCCCACUGAGGGAACAACGGCCAAGCCAACAACUCUGAAGCCCACUGAGGGAACAACGGAGAAGACUACGGCCAAACCAACAACUCUGAAGCCCACUGAGGGAACAACGGCCAAGCCAACGACUUUGAAGCCCACUGAGGGAACAACGGAGAAGACUACGGCCAAACCAACAACUCUGAAGCCCACUGAGGGAACAACGGCCAAGCCAACAACUCUGAAGCCCACUGAGGGAACAACGGAGAAGACUACGGCCAAACCAACAACUCUGAAGCCCACUGAGGGAACAACGGCCAAGCCAACAACUCUGAAGCCCACUGAGGGAACAACGGAGAAGACUACGGCCAAACCAACAACUCUGAAGCCCACUGAGGGAACAACGGCCAAGCCAACAACUCUGAAGCCCACUGAGGGAACAACGGAGAAGACUACGGCCAAACCAACAACUCUGAAGCCCACUGAGGGAACAACGGCCAAGCCAACAACUGUGAAGCCCACGGAGGGAACAACGGCCAAGCCAACAACUCUGAAGCCCACUGAGGGAACAACGGAGAAGACUACGGCCAAACCAACAACUCUGAAGCCCACUGAGGGAACAACGGCCAAGCCAACAACUCUGAAGCCCACUGAGGGAACAACGGAGAAGACUACGGCCAAACCAACAACUCUGAAGCCCACUGAGGGAACAACGGCCAAGCCAACAACUCUGAAGCCCACUGAGGGAACAACGGCCAAGCCAACAACUCUGAAGCCCACUGAGGGAACAACGGAGAAGACUACGGCCAAACCAACAACUCUGAAGCCCACUGAGGGAACAACGGCCAAGCCAACGACUUUGAAGCCCACUGAGGGAACAACGGAGAAGACUACGGCCAAACCAACAACUCUGAAGCCCACUGAGGGAACAACGGCCAAGCCAACAACUCUGAAGCCCACUGAGGGAACAACGGAGAAGACUACGGCCAAACCAACAACUCUGAAGCCCACUGAGGGAACAACGGCCAAGCCAACAACUCUGAAGCCCACGGAGGGAACAACGGCCAAGCCAACAACUCUGAAGCCCACUGAGGGAACAACGGCCAAGCCAACAACUCUGAAGCCCACUGAGGGAACAACGGAGAAGACUACGGCCAAACCAACAACUCUGAAGCCCACUGAGGGAACAACGGCCAAGCCAACAACUCUGAAGCCCACUGAGGGAACAACGGAGAAGACUACGGCCAAACCAACAACUCUGAAGCCCACUGAGGGAACAACGGCCAAGCCAACAACUCUGAAGCCCACUGAGGGAACAACGGCCAAGCCAACAACUCUGAAGCCCACUGAGGGAACAACGGAGAAGACUACGGCCAAACCAACAACUCUGAAGCCCACUGAGGGAACAACGGCCAAGCCAACGACUUUGAAGCCCACUGAGGGAACAACGGAGAAGACUACGGCCAAACCAACAACUCUGAAGCCCACUGAGGGAACAACGGCCAAGCCAACAACUCUGAAGCCCACUGAGGGAACAACGGAGAAGACUACGGCCAAACCAACAACUCUGAAGCCCACUGAGGGAACAACGGCCAAGCCAACAACUCUGAAGCCCACUGAGGGAACAACGGAGAAGACUACGGGUAAACCAACAACUCUGAAGCCCACUGAGGGAACAACGGCCAAGCCAACGACUUUGAAGCCCACUGAGGGAACAACGGCCAAGCCAACAACUCUGAAGCCCACUGAGGGAACAACGGAGAAGACUACGGCCAAACCAACAACUCUGAAGCCCACUGAGGGAACAACGGCCAAGCCAACAACUCUGAAGCCCACGGAGGGAACAACGGCCAAGCCAACAACUCUGAAGCCCACUGAGGGAACAACGGCCAAGCCAACAACUCUGAAGCCCACUGAGGGAACAACGGAGAAGACUACGGCCAAACCAACAACUCUGAAGCCCACUGAGGGAACAACGGCCAAGCCAACAACUCUGAAGCCCACUGAGGGAACAACGGAGAAGACUACGGCCAAACCAACAACUCUGAAGCCCACUGAGGGAACAACGGCCAAGCCAACAACUCUGAAGCCCACUGAGGGAACAACGGCCAAGCCAACAACUCUGAAGCCCACUGAGGGAACAACGGCCAAGCCAACAACUCUGAAGCCCACUGAGGGAACAACGGCCAAGCCAACGACUCUGAAGCCCACUGAGGGAACAACGGAGAAGACUACGGCCAAACCAACAACUCUGAAGCCCACUGAGGGAACGACGGCCAAGCCAACAACUCUGAAGCCCACUGAGGGAACAACGGCCAAGCCAACAACUCUGAAGCCCACUGAGGGAACAACGGCCAAGCCAACAACUCUGAAGCCCACUGAGGGAACAACGGCCAAGCCAACAACUCUGAAGCCCACUGAGGGAACAACGGCCAAGCCAACGACUCUGAAGCCCACUGAGGGAACAACGGAGAAGACUACGGCCAAACCAACAACUCUGAAGCCCACUGAGGGAACGACGGCCAAACCAACAACUCUGAAGCCCACUGAGGGAACAACGGCCAAGCCAACAACUCUGAAGCCCACUGAGGGAACAACGGAGAAGACUACGGCCAAGCCAACAACUCUGAAGCCCACUGAGGGAACAACGGCCAAGCCAACAACUCUGAAGCCCACUGAGGGAACAACGGCCAAGCCAACAACUCUGAAGCCCACUGAAGGAACAACGGCCAAGCCAACAACUCUGAAGCCCACUGAGGGAACAACGGCCAAGCCAACGACUCUGAAGCCCACUGAGGGAACAACGGAGAAGACUACGGCCAAACCAACAACUCUGAAGCCCACUGAGGGAACGACGGCCAAGCCAACAACUCUGAAGCCCACUGAGGGAACAACGGCCAAGCCAACAACUCUGAAGCCCACUGAGGGAACAACGGAGAAGACUACGGCCAAGCCAACAACUCUGAAGCCCACUGAGGGAACAACGGCCAAGCCAACAACUCUGAAGCCCACUGAGGGAACAACGGAGAAGACUACGGCCAAACCAACAACUCUGAAGCCCACUGAGGGAACAACGGCCAAGCCAACAACUCUGAAGCCCACUGAGGGAACAACGGAGAAGACUACGGCCAAACCAACAACUCUGAAGCCCACUGAGGGAACAACGGCCAAGCCAACGACUCUGAAGCCCACUGAGGGAACAACGGAGAAGACUACGGCCAAACCAACAACUCUGAAGCCCACUGAGGGAACAACGGCCAAGCCAACAACUCUGAAGCCCACUGAGGGAACAACGGCCAAGCCAACAACUCUGAAGCCCACUGAGGGAACAACGGCCAAGCCAACGACUCUGAAGCCCACUGAGGGAACAACGGAGAAGACUACGGCCAAACCAACAACUCUGAAGCCCACUGAGGGAACGACGGCCAAACCAACAACUCUGAAGCCCACUGAGGGAACAACGGCCAAGCCAACAACUCUGAAGCCCACUGAGGGAACAACGGAGAAGACUACGGCCAAGCCAACAACUCUGAAGCCCACUGAGGGAACAACGGCCAAGCCAACAACUCUGAAGCCCACUGAGGGAACAACGGAGAAGACUACGGCCAAACCAACAACUCUGAAGCCCACUGAGGGAACAACGGCCAAGCCAACAACUCUGAAGCCCACUGAGGGAACAACGGCCAAGCCAACAACUCUGAAGCCCACUGAGGGAACAACGGAGAAGACUACGGCCAAACCAACAACUCUGAAGCCCACUGAGGGAACAACGGCCAAGCCAACAACUGUGAAGCCCACUGACGGAACAACGGAGAAGACUACGGCCAAACAAACAACUCUGAAGCCCACUGAGGGAACAACGGCCAAGCCAACAACUCUGAAGCCCACUGAGGGAACAACGGAGAAGACUACGGCCAAACCAACAACUCUGAAGCCCACUGAGGGAACAACGGCCAAGCCAACAACUCUGAAGCCCACUGAGGGAACAACGGCCAAGCCAACAACUCUGAAGCCCACUGAGGGAACAACGGAGAAGACUACGGCCAAACCAACAACUCUGAAGCCCACUGAGGGAACAACGGCCAAGCCGACAACUCUGAAGCCCACUGAGGGAACAACGGCCAAGCCAACAACUCUGAAGCCCACUGAGGGAACAACGGAGAAGACUACGGCCAAACCAACAACUCUGAAGCCCACUGAGGGAACAACGGCCAAGCCAACAACUCUGAAGCCCACUGAGGGAACAACGGAGAAGACUACGGCCAAACCAACAACUCUGAAGCCCACUGAGGGAACAACGGAGAAGACUACGGCCAAACCAACAACUCUGAAGCCCACUGAGGGAACAACGGCCAAGCCAACAACUCUGAAGCCCACUGAGGGAACAACGGCCAAGCCAACAACUCUGAAGCCCACUGAGGGAACAACGGAGAAGACUACGGCCAAACCAACAACUCUGAAGCCCACUGAGGGAACAACGGCCAAGCCAACAACUCUGAAGCCCACUGAGGGAACAACGGAGAAGACUACGGCCAAACCAACAACUCUGAAGCCCACUGAGGGAACGACGGCCAAGCCAACAACUCUGAAGCCCACUGAGGGAACAACGGCCAAGCCAACAACUCUAAAGCCCACUGAGGGAACAACGGCCAAGCCAACAACUCUGAAGCCCACUGAGGGAACAACGGAGAAGACUACGGCCAAACCAACAACUCUGAAGCCCACUGAGGGAACAACGGCCAAGCCAACGACUCUGAAGCCCACUGAGGGAACAACGGAGGAGACUACGGCCAAACCAACAACUCUGAAGCCCACUGAGGGAACAACGGCCAAGCCAACAACUCUGAAGCCCACUGAGGGAACAACGGAGAAGACUACGGCCAAACCAACAACUCUGAAGCCCACUGAGGGAACAACGGCCAAGCCAACAACUCUGAAGCCCACUGAGGGAACAACGGAGAAGACUACGGCCAAACCAACAACUCUGAAGCCCACUGAGGGAACAACGGCCAAGCCAACAACUCUGAAGCCCACUGAGGGAACAACGGCCAAGCCAACAACUCUGAAGCCCACUGAGGGAACAACGGAGAAGACUACGGCCAAACCAACAACUCUGAAGCCCACUGAGGGAACAACGGCCAAGCCAACAACUCUGAAGCCCACUGAGGGAACAACGGAGAAGACUACGGCCAAACCAACAACUCUAAAGCCCACUGAGGGAACAACGGCCAAGCCAACAACUCUGAAGCCCACUGAGGGAACAACGGAGAAGACUACGGCCAAACCAACAACUCUGAAGCCCACUGAGGGAACAACGGCCAAGCCAACGACUCUGAAGCCCACUGAGGGAACAACGGAGGAGACUACGGCCAAACCAACAACUCUGAAGCCCACUGAGGGAACAACGGCCAAGCCAACAACUCUGAAGCCCACUGAGGGAACAACGGAGAAGACUACGGCCAAACCAACAACUCUGAAGCCCACUGAGGGAACAACGGCCAAGCCAACAACUCUGAAGCCCACUGAGGGAACAACGGAGAAGACUACGGCCAAACCAACAACUCUGAAGCCCACUGAGGGAACAACGGCCAAGCCAACAACUCUGAAGCCCACUGAGGGAACAACGGCCAAGCCAACAACUCUGAAGCCCACUGAGGGAACAACGGCCAAGCCAACAACUCUGAAGCCCACUGAGGGAACAACGGCCAAGCCAACAACUCUGAAGCCCACUGAGGGAACAACGGCCAAGCCAACAACUCUGAAGCCCACUGAGGGAACAACGGAGAAGACUACGGCCAAACCAACAACUCUGAAGCCCACUGAGGGAACAACGGCCAAGCCAACGACUCUGAAGCCCACUGAGAGAACAACGGAGAAGACUACGGCCAAACCAACAACUCUGAAGCCCACUGAGGGAACAACGGCCAAGCCAACAACUCUGAGGCCCACUGAGGGAACAACGGCCAAGCCAACAACUCUGAAGCCUACUGAGGGAACAACGGCCAAGCCAACGACUCUGAAGCCCACUGAGGGAACAACGGAGAAGACUACGGCCAAACCAACAACUCUGAAGCCCACUGAGGGAACAACGGCCAAGCCAACAACUCUGAAGCCCACUGAGGGAACAACGGAGAAGACUACGGCCAAACCAACAACUCUGAAGCCCACUGAGGGAACAACGGCCAAGCCAACAACUCUGAAGCCCACUGAGGGAACAACGGCCAAGCCAACAACUCUGAAGCCCACUGAGGGAACAACGGAGAAGACUACGGCCAAACCAACAACUCUGAAGCCCACUGAGGGAACAACGGCCAAGCCGACAACUCUGAAGCCCACUGAGGGAACAACGGCCAAGCCAACAACUCUGAAGCCCACUGAGGGAACAACGGAGAAGACUACGGCCAAACCAACAACUCUGAAGCCCACUGAGGGAACAACGGCCAAGCCAACAACUCUGAAGCCCACUGAGGGAACAACGGAGAAGACUACGGCCAAACCAACAACUCUGAAGCCCACUGAGGGAACAACGGAGAAGACUACGGCCAAACCAACAACUCUGAAGCCUACUGAGGGAACAACGGCCAAGCCAACAACUCUGAAGCCCACUGAGGGAACAACGGCCAAGCCAACAACUCUGAAGCCCACUGAGGGAACAACGGCCAAGCCAACGACUCUGAAGCCCACUGAGGGAACAACGGAGAAGACUACGGCCAAACCAACAACUCUGAAGCCCACUGAGGGAACGACGGCCAAGCGAACAACUCUGAAGCCCACUGAGGGAACAACGGCCAAGCCAACAACUCUGAAGCCCACUGAGGGAACAACGGCCAAGCCAACGACUCUGAAGCCCACUGAGGGAACAACGGAGAAGACUACGGCCAAACCAACAACUCUGAAGCCCACUGAGGGAACAACGGCCAAGCCAACAACUCUGAAGCCCACUGAGGGAACAACGGCCAAGCCAACGACUCUGAAGCCCACUGAGGGAACAACGGAGAAGACUACGGCCAAACCAACAACUCUGAAGCCCACUGAGGGAACGACGGCCAAGCCAACAACUCUGAAGCCCACUGAGGGAACAACGGCCAAGCCAACAACUCUGAAGCCCACUGAGGGAACAACGGAGAAGACUACGGCCAAACCAACAACUCUGAAGCCCACUGAGGGAACAACGGCCAAGCCAACAACUCUGAAGCCCACUGAGGGAACAACGGAGAAGACUACGGCCAAACCAACAACUCUGAAGCCCACUGAGGGAACAACGGCCAAGCCAACAACUCUGAAGCCCACUGAGGGAACAACGGCCAGGCCGACAACUCUGAAAACGACUAAGCACACUUCUCAUAAGACGACAACCGUGAAGACAACUUCAGAGAAGGCAACCACAGAGGCUAUUUCGACCACCGCAUCACUGCCUCCGUUCAAUAUCUUUGAUGUGAUAACUGGUGCAACAUUAACAACCGUGUCUUAAGUAUUGUAGAAGACUCGAAACACCAUUAGCAAUAAGCUCGUUUAAACCGUAAUCAAUGUAAAUUUGU